AUGUCGUCGGAGAACAAGUCGCCGCUGCUGGAGCGGGCCCGCAACAUUGUGCCUCACCUCGAGACGGACCGCCACAAGGGCCAGGCCGGACGGAUCGGAAUCGUGGGUGGUUCGCUGGAAUAUACCGGGGCGCCGUACUUUGCGGCGAUCAGCGCGCUAAAGGUGGGCGCGGAUCUGGUGCAUGUGUUCUGUCCGCAGGCCGCCGCUCAAGUGAUCAAAUCGUACAGCCCUGAGCUGAUUGUGCAUCCGUUGCUGGACUCCAACAAUGCCAUCAUGCAGAUCGAACCAUGGCUGGAGCGGCUCCAU